ACUUCUAAAGUCUAAACUCCCUAAGCCACUUCUUCUCUCUUUUACACACACACACAAAGUUACAAACAGACGCAUUAGUUUCUCAUCCAAAUUAACCAAAAUGGCAUACCCCAAAAGCUCUCUCGUUCUAGCACUUCUCUCAGUGUUCAUUUCCACAGUGCUAGCUACUCCUAUGACAUACAGUGUGGUGAGUUUGGGAGCCAAAGCAGAUGGGAAAACGGACUCAACUCGGGCUUUUGUUAGUGCAUGGACAAAAGCUUGUGCGUCAGUAAAGCCUGCCAUUAUUUAUGUGCCAGCAGGGAGGUUCUAUCUCAGGCAAGUGGUUUUCAGUGGACCAUGCAAGAACAAUGCUAUCAUUAUGCGCAUAGUUGGGACACUUGUAGCCCCAUCAGACUAUAGGGUCCUUGGAAAUACAGGAAAGUGGCUUGUGUUUGAACAUGUCGAUGGGGUUACCAUAUCUGGUGGGGUUCUUGACGGUCAAGGCACUGGUUUGUGGGCUUGCAAAGCCUCUGGCAAUAGUUGUCCUUCGGGAGCCUCGACACUGCAAUUUUCCAACUCAAACAACAUUGUAGUCCGUGCAUUAACCUCCCUAAAUAGCCAAUUAUUUCACAUUGUUGUCAAUGGCUGCCACAACGUGAAAAUGCAAGGGGUAAGAGUCAUUGCUGCUGGAAACAGCCCAAACACCGAUGGAAUUCACGUUCAGUUAUCUUCAAGUGUCACAAUUCUUGACUCCAAGAUCGGGACUGGUGAUGAUUGCAUCUCAAUUGGUCCUGGUGCCACUAACUUGUGGAUUGAGAAUGUUGCAUGUGGACCGGGGCAUGGAAUCAGCAUUGGGAGUCUAGGCAAGGACUUACAAGAGGCUGGUGUAAAAAAUGUGACAGUUAAAACAACUACUUUUACUGGAACUCAAAAUGGAUUGAGGAUUAAGUCAUGGGGAAGGCCUAGUAAUGGAUUUGCAAGGAACAUUCUAUUCCAACAUGCCGUUAUGAUGAAUGUCCAAAAUCCUAUUGUAAUUGACCAAAAUUAUUGCCCCAGUAACAAAGGUUGCCCUGGUCAGUUUUCUGGUGUAAAAAUUAGUGAUGUGACAUACCAAGAUAUCCAUGGAACAUCAGCAACAGAGGUCGCUGUGAAAUUUGAUUGUAGUCCAGGGAACCCAUGCUCCAGAAUAAGAUUGGAGAAUGUAAAGCUCACUUACAAGAAUCAAGUAGCCCAAGCUUCAUGUAGCCAUGCAGAUGGAGCUUCUACUGGUUUUGUCCAGCCCACAAGUUGCUUGUAGAGGGGAAAAAUUUAUACAAAAUCCAUAUCUAUGAAGGACAAAAAAGUAAUCUACAUUCUUCUCCUUUCAUCUUUAGGGCAGAAAAUUAUACAUCUUUUUAGUUUUUAUAGUAUGAAUGUUAGCGAGAUAGGUCAUUAAGUGAUAGGUUGAUUGCUUGAGCCUGUGGCGGUGCUUGCUGAUUGGGCAUUCUUGGAGCAUGCCUGGCCUUGCUAUCAAAAUAUAAUGUUGAAACUUUAAAUCCCGAUUUGGGUGUUUGUACUUUGUAUAUUAAAUUGU